AUGACCCUGAACGUCACCGUGCUCCGAGCCAAGACCGAGACCAACCAGGACUUCUGGUCUCAGUCGGACCUGUACGUGACUCUGACGUUGCCGACGGCGAUGGCCACGAUUCGAAGAACCAAAACCAUCAACCGCAACGACCAACCUGUGUGGAACGAAGGCUUCAGCUUCAGAGUCCCCACAAAGACCAAGAACGUUCUGGAGAUCCGUCUGUUUGAUGAGGACCUUCUCUCGAAAGACGACCUGAUCUCCACCGUCCUCCUCGACCUGGAGACUCUGGAGCUCGACUCGAAGAUCUGCAGGUCCUUCAGCCUGAACCCAGAGACGCAGGACGCUCUGGAGGUGGAGUUUGAGUUGACCAACAGUGAAGAGGAGACUCAGGAGUACCUGUCCAACGGGAUCCUGAUGGCGGCUCCUCUGUCUGUGCUCAACGUCAAAGUGCAGAAGCUCCUCCACACUCACCUUCUGUCCUCGUCUCCGAUGUUGACUCUGUGUGGAGCCUAUGAGAAGGUUCAGCCUCUGGAUCCGGACACAGACAAACUCGUGUUCCACAUGAACCGAGAGCUGGAGACGCAGCUCGCGCUCACCGUGAGCAUCUACUCCAACAUCUGUUUGUCUAUGAAGGCGACAGAAGAAACUGAUGUGGAGAAAACAGAGGUGGUUUUAUCAGCUGUUCAUCUGAAGCCCCUCCCCCCUCGCCACUCAGGAAACGUCUCCCUCACCGUGGACCAGGAAACUGUGGAUCUGCACCUGGAGCUGAACGACAGGGGUGAGGACGGGGUGGGGGUGCGUCUCUCAGAGGACGUCUCCGCUCAGGAGAAGAACUUCCUGUACAAGAGGAAGACCAGAGUGUCUCAGGCUCUUCAGGCUCUGCUCCACCUCCAGAGUGUUUCUCCACACGACAAGGUGCCGACCGUGGCCGUGGUGGUGUCAGGGGGCGGGGCCAGAGCCUGCACUGGGCUCCUGGGUUCUCUGAAGGCUCUGAAGGACAUGGGAGUCCUGGACGCCGUCUCUUACAUCACCGUCCUGUCUGGGUCCACCUGGUCGAUGUCGGCUUUGUGUCAGGACGAGAACUGGUCCCAAAACCUGGAGAGCCUCAUGCCAAAGAUCAGGGAGCAGAUGACCAAGAGCAUGAUGAGCGCCUUCACUCCGGAGAAGCUGCACUACUACCACACUGAGAUGGAGAAGAAGGAGAAACAGGGUCACCUAGUGUCCUACAUCGACAUGGAAGGACUCAUCGCAGAGCACUAUGUGUUUGGACAGAAAAACUCCAGUACUCUCUCUGAUCAGAAGAAGACGGUGAAGAACGGUCAGAAUCCUCUUCCCAUUUACACAGCGGUCAACGUGAAGGAGGCCAUCCAUGGGAACCAACCUGACACUGAGUGGGUGGAGUUCACGCCGUUCGAGGUGGGGAUGCAGAAGUACGGAGCCUUCAUCAAAGCUGAAAACUUCGGCUCCGAGUUUUUCCUCGGACAUUUGAUCAAGAAGCUCCCGGAGCUCAGACUUCCAUUUCUCAUGGGAAUCUGGAGCAGCGCCUUCUCCGUCAACAUCACGUCUCUGUGGAAAGCUCUGACUGGGAGGGCCCCCGAGUGGACGCCCGAGGACACAGAAGUGGACGACAUCGCUGCCGGAGCCGCCGGAGCCGCCGGAGCCGCCGGAGCCGCCGGAGCCGGAGCCGCCGGAGCCGCCGGAGCCGCCGGAGCCGCCGGAGCCGCCGGAGCCGCCGGAGCCGCCGGAGCCGCCGGAGCCGGUGGAGCGACUGUGGUUCCUCGAGAACACGACGACGUGUCCUCGUCUCUGGACACGCUCCUCCUCAGCCCCGAGUCUGGACUCGGCGCCAAAUUCACCAAAUUCUUCAAAAACCGACCGAUCGUCAACCAAACGUUCAACUUCACCAGAGGCUUGAGUCUCCACCAGAACUACAACCAGAACCACAACUUCCUCACAUGGAAAGACUCUCACCCGGACGCCUUCCCAAACCAGCUGACCCCGUCUGACCCCACCCUUCACCUCAUCGACUCAGGACACUCCAUAAACAUCGGAUGCCCUCCCGUGCUUCGUCCUGAGAGACGCGCCGACGUCAUCAUCAUCCUCAGUUACUCCUGGGACCCUGGGAACAUCUUUAAAGUUCUGCAGAAGACCUGUGAGUUCUGUGAGGAACACCAGAUGCCCUUCCCGUCUCCAGAUUUUGCUGAGCUCCAGAAGCAGCCGCAGAGAGAAGUGUACGUGUGUGAGGCCCCCGAGAACCCAGAGGCCCCCAUCGUCCUCCUCCUGCCCCUGGUCAACGCCUCCUUCAGAGACCACAAGGCCCCAGGUGUGCGGCGUGAGACGGAGGAGGAGCUGGCGGCGGGUCAGGUGGACGUGAGCUCCUCAGGUUCCCCGUACACGACCCAGAACAUGACCUACUCCGAGGAAGACUACGACGCCCUGAUCCGGCUCACGCACUACAACGCCACGCACAGCAGAGACGCCGUUCUGUCCGCCCUCGCCAAAGCCCUGAGCCGCCUGACCCCUGACCCCUGCUCUGCCCUCCAAACCCUGAGCCGCCUGACCCCUGACCCCUCUGCCCUCGCCAAAGCCCUGAGCCGCCUGACCCCUGACCCCUCCACCCUCGCCAAAGCCCUGAGCCGCCUGACCCCUGACCCCUCUGCCCUCGCCAAAGCCCUGAGCCGCCUGACCCCUGACCCCUCUGCCCUCGCCAAAGCCCUGAGCCGCCUGACCUCUGACCUCUGA